AUGACCCGAAAGGAGCUGCCAGCACGCGCAGCAAAUAUCCAACGUGCAGUAGCUUCAACCACAGCAUGUACCUCUGCAACAGUAGAAUCGUUGCGGUCCUUCCUUGCGCCUACCUUGAGUCCUGCUCUCCAGCAAAAGAAGCCAUCCGCCAAUGUUCCGCCGCCAAAAGGGAAAGGAUCCUUAGCUCGACCAGUGAAAGCUGCUGUCGCGCGGGUCGGGAAACGGCCUGCAGUCACUAUCCUCGAGGUCCCGGGAGAACAAUCUGAUCAAAUACAGUCGCAGGAUAAGUUAGUUCUUGCAACAGAGGUUGUAAAUGCGACUUUGAAGUCCCUCACCGACGCUAUCAAGGAUCCUCCAGCAAGAAAGGUUACGCAGGCCAAAAGAAAACCACUUGCAAGAUCUUUGUCGAGUUCCUCCUUUUCCAAUGGACUCGAAUCGCGAAGCCAGACACCUUUACAGUCGUUAUGUGUCAAUCGACUGGCCAAUUCGCCGGGCAAACACAAUCGUUCUCGACGCUCAUCGUCCACAGCUUCGAUGAAGCAAACGAUGGACGGUCUGAGAGCUCAGGCGGAAUGCGCGCGUGUUGCAUUUGCUACUCUCCGCUCUCUUCAAUGCCAGAAAGAGUCUUCGACCGCGUCGCCUUAUUUGCAAUUGGAAAGUGGUAUGUCUGCCUUGAUCGCCAAGAUGUUAGCUUUGGGUUUUGACGACAUUGCUUUACGGGAACUUCGAAUUCUCAAGAGACGGCUUGAAAUUUCUAAGGCUGCGUCAUCUGAUCAGGGCACUGCUGCUUCUGCGGGUCUCUGGAAAGAGGAAGAGAAAUCAGAUCCCAAGACCGAGACGCUGCCUGAGAUGCUGAGAUUCCGGAACACCAACGCCAGAGGACAGCUUUUAUCUUUAAUCGUCACGACGCAAUUACAAGUGCUAAAGAUUCUCCGAUUAAGAAGGGACGCUUCCGCUACAGAAACCGCCUUCCAGCACCUACAAUUCAGGGUACCACAUUCUCCAGCGAACCUUAUCCAGCGACAACUCGAAUCGAAUGUGCCUGGGUCCGAAGAAAAAGUUGCCCAACAAUUGGAGUCUCUUGCUCAAGCACUUAUAGCAUUGUGCCCCACUAUCUCUUUGGAAGACGACUACAAGUCGCUUGCGCCUGGCAGCAAUGUAUCUCCAGAUAUCACUUUUCAAAUCCAACUCUUGGCUUUCCAGGUACGCUCAACGUGGUGGAAGAUCUCGGGUCACCAAAGCGAUAUUGCGAAAGAGAUUGUCGAACCUUUUUGUCGAUGUUUAGCCAUCUUCAGCGGUCGCUCAAAAUUGACCAAAGUGGAGAAGUAUGAAAUCGCAAAAAGCGCCCUCGAGGUUAUCAAAGAAUGCGUUCAGAGGGUGAAGGGAUUUCGGGAAGAAAUCCUGUUCAAGACCUAUCAAAUGUUGGCAGAAUCAGCCCAAGAAAGCUCGCAGUAUUCCCAGGCUGUUCGCUGGGUCAGGACGGCAAGAGAAUGCGCCUCCGAAAGUGCGUUAUCACGGACGCAGUUAUGCGACACAAAUUGUCGAUUGGCCAGCCUUGAACUUCGAUCGCUGGAUUCUGAGCCUAGCGAUAAGCUCAUUGCUGUGUUGAGAGAUGCUGCCAGAAGCCUUGAAGGCGACUUGCAGGGUGAAUGUGCAGAUUUGGAUGAGCUCCUAUUAGCCGUUGCUAGCCUUAGAAGAUCCGCGUUCUCUUUUGUCCAGGACAGCCACAAGUCAUCGAAAGCCAAGGCGAUAAGAGCUCAUUCCGCGCUCGUCAAUGAAUGCUCAAAUAUCGUGUUGUUAUGUGCUAGGUUCUUAGUCCGUUAUGUCGGUAGUGGUAAUAUCCGAGGAGGGCAUGAGAAGACCACAGUGCGCCGUGAUCAGCGAAGGAGACUGGCAGCUAGAUUUGCAACCCCAACCAUUGAAUCAGUCGUGGCAAUGGCUCGGCUCUCUGCUGACUCGGAAGCCGGAAUCUGGAAAUCUCUAGAUAUAGGGCUUCAAGACUGCUCUAGACUUGCAUCGAGUAUCGCAGACUCUAAUGCGAAUGAAAUUCGCGCUACCGGCGAGGACACUCGAGCUUCAUCCUUCUUUAUAUCAAUCUCUAAUGCUUACUGGUACCGUUACCUGUGUAUGAAGCGAGGGGCAACAGACGCGAAAUCCUGCAAGGAAUGUCUCCUGGUGUCAAUCGAAUUUAUCCGAGAUCGUCCGUUGUGCGAAAAGCUGGCAGGGUCUCUACCUUUGAAGCUCGAAAAGUUGGGACAGCUUUGCGAAGAUAUGCGAGACUAUAAGAAGGCCGUGGACUCAUACGAAGAAGCUCUUCAUAUUGAGCUUGAUUCCGGUCUCCUUCGGGUAGCCAUGGAAGCUGCAGCUAUCCAGUCAAUACCGUAUGUGCUUGAGCUAGAUAGCGAGCUACUGCCUCUUUCUCGAAAGCUAUCGGCGUAUCCUAGGGCAGCGUUGAAAGCUAUUCAUCAAGGUUCUCGACAACAAUCGUUUUACGAGGCAGACGGGCUCUCUGCAAGUGAACGUGGGGUUCUGCUUGAGCAACAACUCGUAUCGCUCUUAACAACUCUAAACGUCCAAGGCCCACUAUCGACAACUUACGACGCAUUGAACGACAUAAGCACGUCAUUGCUAUCCACGUACAACCAAAACAAAUUCCCAGUGCGACGUCUCAGGGUUGUUGUUCGUUUGCUCCGUUUACUUCUGACCGCUCCUGGAGCACUUAGAAAUAGUCUCGUAGACAAAUUGCUCGAGGAACCCACAGAAGCUGCAACGGGUGCUCAUUUCGAUAUGGGUUUAUUGAGAUUCCUACCGCACCUCACCACAUGCCGAUGCCUUCUCAUCACUCUGCGCCGAAGAGUCCCCAAUUUCGGGGACCUGGAGUCAGUCAUUACAUCGUGGUCAAAGUUGGUCCAAGCGAUCGUCGACUGGGAUUCGCUCCAAACACAGGUAUAUGACAUUGCAGAUUGGCUGGUACAGCUCGAGAUGUUGGGCGAGUACCUGGAAAUGCAGGGACUAGAUUUGUACAGAGUAUCAGCCUUGAAUAUCGCGGUCGUAAUUCACCAAGCUGCAUUAUCGGUGCCAUGCUCAGCGCUAGUCUCAAAGCUAUCUGAACUGGGCUUACAGCACGUGAGGCUUGGAUAUAAUGGUCUUGCUGGUUCCGUCCUACACAAAGCGCAAAGGUAUCUUGAAGCCUCAGAUUUUUUCGGUAAGGUCAAGCUGAGAUGGCAUCUAUCAUACGCUGAGUACGCACUUGCCAAUGGGAAUUUGAAGACCUGCAAGGAGAGUCUGGUGCGAGCCCAAGAGCUGCUUCAUGGUGGUACCUGUACAGAGAAACCCGAAAGAAUGAGGUCCAAAGAUUGGAGCGACCUGUCUCAAUUGACUGCGGAUGCAUACUACGUUCAUUCAUUAUUAGCGGCUGCAGAAGGUCAACCAUCCAAGGCGCUCUUCUUCGCCCGAUUAUGUGUGAAAAAUUGUCACCGAUCAUGGGCAAUCCUAGAACGGAGUCAGAACAGAGUCGAUGGAGCAAUACGGAAGGGUCCAAUUGAAAGCGAGAAUGACCCUCUGGUAGAUGGCAUGUCGGAGUUGUCGAUAGCUGCUUCUACUGAGAAUACAUCAACGUCCCAUUCGAUGCUUUCCGGUGUUGCAUUCUGGACCCUUGUUCCUCGGAUAGUCCGCGGCCUCAAUCACCUGUCCCUGCUCUUCUCCUAUAGUGGCCUUUAUCCCGAAGUAAGGUACUACCUCCAACAGGGGCAGAAGAUUGCAACAGCCGUUGGGGCUGCGUCUCUCAACAGUCAAACCACCGCGCUUCUUGGGAGUUAUUUGAUCCGCAGUGGAGGGGUUGAUGAAGGUGUGUUGCUAGUACAGCAAGCAGAAAAUCUAGUCUCUGGACUUCCGCGCGAUCGACACUAUGCGUCUUUGCAGCUCUUUUUGGCUUCUCAUCAUACCAAACAGGGCGAAUUGAGAGCUGGAAAAUCUGCUAUUGGCGUUGCAGAAUCGACAAUUGAGAAUCUGGUGGCAAAGAGCUUCGUAGACAGCUUAAUCCAAAGCCGCUCAACGGCAACAACUCUCGAGAUCGACAUGAGCGCACUGACUCUACAAGGGGCUAAACCGGCACGACCGCCUCAAAGAAGACAACAGCAGAGCAUCUCGAAGAAGCCCCAGAGCAAGUCAGUCGCACAACGUGACUCUUCAAACUCAUCACCGGAGGAAGCUCCGGCAGUCGAGGUGUUUGCCUUGCACCGUAUGAGAGGCGAGAUUAUUCGAGCGCGCAUAUAUGCAAAGAUGUCCGAAGGCGGUCUCGAAGCAGCCGCUUCGCUGUUGAACGAGAGAAUGGCUCACACUCGUGACCAGCAGGACCUAGUGCUGCAAGCUCUACUUGCAUCACGAGUACACUUUCGCCAAGGACUCGAGCACUUCGUCAGCGACCCCGUCUUCUGCGUUAUACCCGAGUCUACCAUAUCGUGUCCAGCAAUCAAAUCCUGUAAUACUGACAGACAGGAUAAGCAGAACAAAUCUAGCAGCCCUCCAAAGAGCAGAAGCGCUACAUUUUCAAAAAGUGCCACAGGCAAGGCGUUGGCGAGAAAGAUCAAACCCAGAAGCCUGUCCCUGGCCAAGGAUGAAGCUAAAUUCCUUCGUAUUGCGCAAGACGAGAUAAGUAAUGUCUUCCGAUCAGCAACGACCUCCUCUUCUACGGCGACUGUGCAUGAGAUAUCUGACGUGCUUGGGAAGAUACUCAUGGUACUAUCUGCUGUUUCGUCGGCAAGUUCAAGAGCUUCGAUUCCACCUGGAGUUCUGUCAUACUUUCUAGAGGUGGGCAGAAUGCUUUCGAUGACAAGGGAAUCUUUGGCUAUUCAGGUGGAGUGCAAAUUGCCUAACGGAAAAGAUACGUUCGAUUGGCCAAACGACAAUGCAUUUGAGGGUCAAGAGAGAGCCCAGGUGCAUGACAUAAUCGAACUUUCUACCUUUCAAGCUGAAUAUAUCGAUAUCAUACCCCAGGAUUGGCGUGUUGUAUCCAUGACUCUGAGUCAGGAGCGAGAUGAGAUCCUCGUUUCCAAACUACGCUCUGGUCAGACACCGUUCAUCCUAAGGCUUCCACUAAAUCGGCACAAUUCCUUAGACCAGGAUGAGGAAACCUUCGGAUAUGAUCAAGGAAAAGCGGAGUUGCAAGAUCUUAUCAGUCUUGCCAAUAUUUCGGCCCAUAGUGCACAAGACCUGUCCCGUAAAGGAGCCAAGACCGAGUGGUGGGAGGGAAGAGCUACCCUUGAUGCCAGGUUGAAGGAUCUUCUUACCAAUAUGGAAACCAUUUGGUUUGGGGGGUUCAAAGCUAUAUUCUCACAAACGGCGCAGAAUCCGGCUCUCUUGUCACGCUUUCAGCAAUCGCUCCAGAACAUUUUGGAUAAGCAUCUACCAUCUCGGCAGAGAUUGGGACGGGGAGGCCAGUCAAAUCGCGUGGCGCUAGAUUUACGCGUGCUCGAGCUUUUCGUCGGCCUCGGAAAUCCGAGCGACUCUAACGACUUGGAUGAGCCUUUGGUGGAUCUUCUGUACUUCGUGGUCGAUAUUCUGCAAUUCAAUGGCGAACGUAACGCUUAUGACGAAGUUGAUUUCGACUCAAUUGUGAUCGAUAUCACCGAUGCCCUUCGGCACUACCACCAAGCUGUUGAGAACGAGCAAGGCAGUGAGUCGGAAAAGCAUACAAUACUCAUUCUGGACAAGCAUCUCCACUGCUUCCCAUGGGAAUCACUGCCGUGCAUCAAAGAUCACGCUGUGUCUCGGCUGCCUUCUCUCGGAUGCUUAAGGAAUAGGAUCCUACAACAAAAGCCGAAUCCAACAAGUUCCGAUGGCCGGAUAUACGCCAGUAGGAAGAACGGAGCAUCUGUACUGAACCCAGGAGGUGAUCUGACGUCUACCCAAGGCAAGUUCGAAGAGCCGCUGCAGGAGCUUUCAGGCUGGGAAUGCAUCGUUCAGCGAGAGCCUACCGAGGCCGAAAUGGUGACCUGCUUGGAGAGCAACGACAUAUUUCUGUACUUCGGACAUGGUAGCGGUGGGCAGUACAUACGGUCUAGGACCAUUAAGAAACUCGACAAGUGUGCUGUAGCUCUGUUGAUGGGCUGUAGCAGUGGAGCGCUGACCGAAGCCGGGGAAUUCGAGCCCUACGGAACGCCGAUGAACUACAUGCAUGCUGGAUGCCCUGCGAUGCUAGCAACGCUUUGGGAUGUGACGGACAAAGACAUCGACCGUUUUUCUCAUAGCGUUUUGGAAAAGUGGGGUCUUUUCGAGGGCCGUCAGCCACCUUUAUCAAGCAGUCCAGUCAAGAAAGGAGCGAAGCAAAAAGGCAAAGGCAGAGCCAAGAAUGCUGAGAAGGUUGGGAGGGAUGAGAGCAAAGCAGUAUCUUUGGAUCAGGCCGUCGCGCAAGGUCGAGAUUCUUGUAUAUUGAGGUAUCUAAAUGGAGCAGCGCCUGUCGUGUAUGGUGUACCUGUGUAUCUUUGUUGA